GUUGUUAUCGUCGUCCCUCAGCAACUGUGAGGCAGGAGUGUAGGCGAGGCGGGCGCGUCUUUCCUCCUCUCCCGCCCAGGACCGCGAUGCGAGGCCCCGCCUCGGCCUUGCCCGCGUCCCCGCCCACUGGAGCCAGCGCCUCAGCUUCAGUCGUCAGGAGAGCGGCCUCGGAGCCAGCAUGAGCGGUGCGGGGGCCCAGGCGAGAGCGGGGCCGGGGCCCGGGCCCAGCGGCGAUUCGGAGCCCCCUCCUCCUCCACCGCCGCCUUCUUCCUCGUCGCAGCCCAUGAUCAGCGUGGACCUAGCUGGCCUGGUGUCGCAGUUUGCGCGGAGCUUCGCGCUGGUCUUCCCGGUCUACGUGCUGGGCUACUUGGGACUGAGUUUCAGCUGGAUCCUUCUCGCUUUGCUUGGUCUCUUUUGGGUCCAAAGGCACCGCGGGGGGAAGGCCUCCCGUCUGGGCCGGGCGCUGGCCUUCCUGCAGGACGAGGAGCGCGCCGUCAAGCUCACCGUCGCCACCGGAGACCUCCCUGCCUGGGUCCAUUUUCCAGAUACAGAAAGAGCAGAAUGGUUAAAUAAGACUGUAAAACACAUGUGGCCUUUCAUUUGCCAAUUUAUUGAAAAACUUUUCCGGGAAACCAUAGAACCAGCAGUGAGAGGAGCGAACAAUCACCUGAGUACUUUCAGCUUCACAAAGAUUGAUAUCGGGCACCAGCCCCUUAGGAUUAAUGGUGUUAAAGUGUACACUGAAAAUGUGGAUAAAAGGCAAAUCAUUUUGGAUCUUCAAAUCAGUUUUGUUGGCAAUUGUGAAAUUGACUUGGAGAUCAAGAGAUACUUCUGCAGAGCUGGUGUGAAGAGUAUACAGAUUCAUGGUACAAUGAGAGUUAUAUUGGAGCCUCUCCUAGGAGACAUGCCCUUAAUUGGAGCACUGUCAUUAUUUUUUCUUAGGAAACCGCUUUUAGAAAUUAACUGGACAGGACUGACAAAUCUUCUGGAUAUUCCAGGACUAAACGGUUUAUCAGACACUAUAAUACUAGAUAUAAUAUCCAAUUAUUUGGUGCUUCCAAAUCGAAUCACUGUUCCUCUUGUCAGUGAAGUGCAGAUUGAUCAGUUGCGGUUCCCCAUACCAAAGGGUGUACUAAGAAUACACUUCAUUGAAGCUCAGGAUCUUGAAGGGAAAGAUACUUAUCUAAAGGGAAUUAUUAAGGGAAAAUCAGAUCCUUAUGGAAUCAUUCGUGUGGGUAAUCAAAUUUUUCAAAGCAAAGUCAUUAAAGAAAAUCUCAAUCCAAAGUGGAAUGAGGUUUAUGAGGCCUUAGUGUAUGAGCACCCAGGGCAGGAGUUGGAGAUUGAGCUCUUUGAUGAAGAUCCAGACAAGGAUGACUUUCUGGGAAGUCUAAUGAUUGACCUAACUGAGGUUGAAAAGGAGCGCUACUUAGACGAGUGGUUUACUUUGGAUGAAGUUUCCAAAGGAAGAUUGCAUUUAAAACUUGAGUGGCUCACAUUGAUGCCUACUGCAGAGAAUCUUGACCAGGUGCUAAAAAGCAUAAGAGCUGAUAAAGACCAAGCUAAUGAUGGACUUUCGUCAGCGCUACUUAUCCUUUAUUUGGAUUCAGCAAGAAACCUACCAAGUAUCUACGAGGGAAACUUUGGGUGUGGAUACUUAAAAGAGAGGAGAGCUUCGGGACUAGUCUUUUGUGAAAAUACUACCUCACUCUAUAGAGCACUAUUUAAUAAUCCAUUAGAUUAUAAUCCAGACGCCUUGAAGAAGCCUGCUGUUCAGAAAGCUCUAAAGUCAGGAAAGAAAAUAAACAGCAACCCUAAUCCCCUUGUCCUACUCACUGUUGGACAUAAGGCACAGGAAAGUAAGAUACGCUACAAGACCAAUGAACCAGUCUGGGAAGAAAACUUUACUUUCUUUGUUCACAAUCCUAGACGGCAAGAGCUAGAAGUUGAGGUCAAAGAUGAACAACAUCAGUGCUCACUAGGAAAUUUUAAGCUUCCCCUCAACCAACUCCUUGCCAGUGAAGAUCUAACUAUGCACCAGAGAUUUCAUCUUAGCAAUUCUGGUCCAAACAGCACUGUAAACAUGAAGAUUGCACUCAGGAUCCUUUCUCUUGAAAAGCAGGAGAGGCCUCCAGACCACCAACACACCGCCCAAGUGAAAAGGCCCUCUGUUUCCAAAGAUGCAAGAAAAGGUUCCUUCAAACCUCAGGUCCCUGUUUCCCCAGCAGCCAGCUUGAACAAGCCCCCUGCUCCUGCAGCAGCAGACACUGACAAAAAGACUGAGGCGGUUGAAAAAGGCCCUCCCUCUAAUCCUAGUCCUCAGUGGCCAACAGAUCUCAGCAGGAGUUCCUCCAGCCUCCUGGCCUCCAACUUGAGCUAUUCUCCUAGCCAUCUUUCAGUCAAAGAGCCAACACCGAGUAUAGCUUCGGACAUAUCCCUUCCCAUUGCCACACAGGAGCUGCGGCAACGGUUGAGACAACUUGAAAAUGGCACGACGUUAGGACAGUCUCCAUUGGGGCAGAUUCAGCUAACAAUUCGUCACAGCUCACAAAGAAACAAACUUAUGGUGGUGGUUCACACAUGUAGAAAUCUAAUCGCCUUUUCAGAAGAGGGAUCUGACCCUUAUGUCCGAAUGUAUUUAUUGCCUGAUAAGAAAAGAUCAGGAAGAAGAAAAACCAGUGUUUCAAAGAAGAAUUUAAAUCCAGUUUUUGAUCAGGCCUUUGAUUACAGUGUUUCAUUAGCUGACCUUCAGAAGAGAACACUAGAUGUAGCAGUGAAAAAUAGUGGUGGUUUUCUGUCCAAAGACAAAGGGCUCCUGGGUAAGGUAUUGAUACCACUGGCAUCCGAAGAACUUUCCAAAAAUUUUACCCAGUGGUAUGACUUGACAGAAGAUGGAACGAGGCCUCAUGUGUCGCCAUAGGAAGUUGAUUCCAGAAGCUCCUGUUCCCAUACUUUUGCCAACCUUUAUAUAUUUUAUCAGCAUUGUUUCACAGAAAUGUACCAAUAUUAUUUUUUAUAACUCUUAGUUAUUAGGCCCACUACUGCUCCCCAACAGUUUUAUAACACCUGGACAUUUUAUUUAGGCUUAAGUCAGUUUAACUGUAAACCUUCUUGUCUUUAUUUGUUACAACUGUUUUAAUGUGCAAUAGGGUUUGUAGAGUAACAAUGGAACAUUUGGGGCGGGCGGGAUUUAUACCCUUGAGAAAAGUGAGAAGAUGUUUACCUGUUUUUCCUAUCUUGUUUGGCUUCACACCAAGGUGUUUGCUAUGUAAAUAGAUGCUAUUUUUUAAAAUGAAUUUUCUUUAGUGGUUAGAGGGGAGAAGAAAACGUCAUAGCAAAGGGAUAUUUUCUUCUAAAUGAGUGAUCCCAAAAUUUGGGUUCUCCCAGAGCUUUUGGACUUUAGUUCCCAGAAGCCUCAGUCAAUAUGGCCAAGAGUCAGGUAUUCUGGGACAGGAAGUCCAAAACCUCAAAAAGAGCAAAGUUUGGGAAUCACGGCUCUAAACACAUGCUGUAAAAUCUGAAGGCCAUGUUCUGGGAAGGGUCAUGGCAGCAGAAUGGUCUUAAUUUUUACUAAUAAGAGAUUAAAAGUCUGGAGAAAUCAACACGCCAGUUAGCCCAUAUAUUUCCGGCCUGAAAGGGUUACAAAAAGGGAGAGUACAAAAUAUUAACUUUUUUGAUAUUUAUAUGAAAAUGUAUUAUUGAAAUUUGAUUCAGAUAAUGCAUAUAAUUCACAGAUUCAAAUAUUAUAAAGAAUAUAUAUAUAUAUAUAUAAAUACUGUAUUAAAAAAAGUCUAUCAAGGUCCUAAAAUCACAGUAUGUUCAUUUGGGGUCUCUAUAAUGUGAAAAUGGAAGGCUUUGGUAAUUUAAUGCACUUUGCAGUCAUUGAUUUCCCCCAUCCUUACUACCAAGAAAAUUGUCUAUGCAACAGUGUGAUUAAGAUUAAGAGUUUAAUAACCCUCCUAAUGAAUCUAGCAUUUGUGGUGGCAUCAUAUUGAUCGAUAUUGAUAUGACGCGCUUUAUUAACUGGGUCUUCAGAGCAUAAUUACUGUUGUCAUCAUAAAAAUUCUGGUUUGCCUGCAGUUAAACUGAAACUUGUGUUACAGAAGACUCCAUCCAUGUCUGAGUGACUCUUUGCCUGGUUGCUUUAGUGCUUCUCUUCACAGAUUUUGGGGGAGAUCUCUCUCUUUUUGGGCGUCACCCCCCACCCAGUAGUCAUGUAAUAGUCACAUUCCAUUUAAAAGCCACUAUGUUCUUCUGCAAGGACCAACACUAGAGUCUAAUAAUUCAUACAUCCCAGUAAGGAGCAUUUCUUUGGACAUGAAAGGGAUUUAUCUACAGCAGACAUGGGCAAUCUUCAGCCCUCCCUCCAGGUGUUUUGGAUCUUAACUCCCACAAUUCCUCACAGCCAGUAGGCUGUUAGGAAUUGUGGGAGUUGAAGUCCAAAACACCCAGAGGGAGGGCCGAAUUUUGCCCAUGGCUGCUUUACAGGUUCCACCAAACCAGCUCUGGUUUUGAAUGUGUUACUUUUAAAUGAUGAUAAUGCAGUAAAGAUAGUACAAGAACCGUUUUAAAUCAAGUAUGAGUUGCAAUCAGUAUAGCUUUUUCAUUGGGUUUUUAUAGGCCCAAGUAAGACAAAAGUAGGGGUUGUUUAUUUUGGGAGGGAGGAUCUUGAAGAUUAUUUGAGCAUAAACGUUUAUUCCUUGUAUUCACUGUUGCUUUCAAAAUCAAGGAAUUUAUUUUUUUAAAGUUUUUCCAGGUGAGUUUAUCGACAGCUUGUAAAGAUGAAUACACUUAUGGAUAUUAGCUUUAUAAUUAAAGUCUAUACCACUGAGUGUAGACAGUUGGUAUAAUCUUGCAAGAACCUCUCCUACAUAAGCACCAUUAAUUUGAGCUUGCACCGAAGACGUUCCCAUUGUGCUCUUUAAGUACACUAUUAAUAAUCCCAAAGUGCCUGCCUCAUUCAUUCUCCUAUAUAUGUGUGUGUGUGUAUAUGUAUAUAUGGGAAAGAUUAUUCAUACUAAGAUUUAGAAAAUAAAAUAGUGUUCAUUUGUCAGCCUGGGCUUUGACAUGCUACGUCCAUAUGUAACAUACUGGCGUUCUUGUUUAAUUUUGCAUGAGUUUUAUUAGGCAAACGUCUGGAUAUUUGGCUAUAUAUAGAGGAGCUCAGUGACAGAAAGGUCAUCAUAAAUAACUAUAGCUUGGAUUAAUGUGGUUCCCCACUUUUCUUUAAAAAAUAUUAAAAUAUUCGGUGAUUGAAUCCCUUUAGAGAUCUCUUACAAGGGAGCAUAAGUAACAUGAACAGCUAUGAUUUUGAAUCUUUAUGGGAGACAAGACAAGUAAAUAUGCAGAAAAUAUGACUGGUAGGGAAAUCUUGUUGCAGGCAGUCAAAAGUCCAAUAUUGAGAUCUGCUUGUAAGGGACAUCGGUCAAUGGGAGCACUGUGUGAUGGCUUGACUUAGGACUGCAAAAUGAUUCUAGACAGCCUUCAAAGAAGGUCUCCAUAAAUAGGACAUGUGAGGGACUACUUAAAACAUGUAGGUUUCUCUUUGAGGUCUAUGGUUGAAAUUAGAGGGGGUUUUAAUCAAUAAAACAUUCUGUUGGAUGAACUGAAAAUGAAAUCUUGCACUUGCUUUUUCAUGUUCUCCAAGUAUGGAAAGAUUCCAGGAUUGAGAAUCUAGAACAGGCACGGGCAAACUUGAUCCCCCAUCCAGGUAUUUUGGGCUUCAACUCCCACAAUUCCUAACAGCCUACCAGUUGUUAGGAAUUGUGGAAGUUGAGGUCCAAAACAUCAGGAGGGACGGAGUUUGCCCAUGUCUGGUUUAGGAUGGUGACUCUCAGCCUUAAGUUCUCCAGAUGUUUUGGGCCAACUCCCAAAAGUGCCAUUCAUCAUCAUCAAUAGUCGGGUAUUCUGGGAGCUGAGGUCUUAAAACACCUGGACAGCCAAAGGUUGAGAAAGCACUGGUCUAAAACCUUGGAAGUCCACUAGCCAGAUGCAACGUGCCAACUAAACCAGGUAGACAUGUUGAUAGAUUUGUGUGCCUCAGAGUACAGUCUCAGCCCAGAAAACUGUUAAUACUAGAACGAUGUCCACAAAAACGUUUGCAUACAAAGUACUAUGGUUCCUUUUUAACUGUCUUGGCUGCACCCUGCAGUUUAUAGUUGAGUGAAGCACUGGAACUCUGGCUGAGAAAUUGAACUGCUUCCCCAUAGGGUUUUGGUACUUUUAGACAAAAAGGGAGUCAGAAAUGCUUAUUCAUUUGCUGAACGUUAUCCAGUUUUUCCAAUAGACACCAGUCUACUUCAGUCCUUCUCCUAGAAUCAGACCUCUUUGAUAAAAAUCUUUUUUUAAUCCACUCAGUCCCAGUGUACCCUCAUUUCUAGAACUCCUGCAUGAGGAAAUAACGUAAUGGGAUAAUUGCUGUGUUAGAUACCAAAAAAAGUAAUUUGCAGUAUGAAGAGUCCCUUGGGUGGCCCUUAAAUGAAGAAAUGGACCUCUAAUGAAAAUCUGGACCAAAAUCGGGAAAAAAUAUGACAAACAGAACUUGCUUGCAUGAAUCUAAUCUGUCCACAAUUUACUGGUGACUCAUAAAACUAAUGAGGAGGAAGCAUGAAGCUGCUAUUCGCAAAUCAAAGACUGAAUGUCAUUAUACCAGCUUUCCGUACCGUUGUUUUCUAAAUCCUGUGCCUUAAAGGAAAGCUUAAAAUAUUUUAUGUGUUUAAACCCAAGCUUUGUUCAAUGUAUUUACUGUUACAUACUGUAGAAACGGUUUUUGCUGGAGAAAAGAGCAGUGGCCUGCUGUAAUUCAAGCACCAAGCCAAUGUGUUAACCAGGGUUUAGGAUUUGAGAUAGCUUUUCCUUGUAAACCCUUGUUUUAUCAGGCCUGCAGCAACUGGUGAAAGGAAAAUAAAGGGCGGUCAGUUUAGAUUGCCUUUUUUGCUCAUGUAAUUUUGCAAUUGCAUGUAUUUAUUCAGUAAAUGAUUCAUAUGGAAGUCA